UUAAUUCCCAUGCUGUACUUAUAAAAAUCUUGAACUGCUGUUGCAUCUGCGACUGAGAUUGGUGCAAUAAGUCAAAAUGAAGGCUCUUUUCGUCAUUGCGUUUGUCUGCUUCUUUUAUGUAGCGGCUGCCGAAAAAGGAAAAGAAUGUGAAAGCAAUGACGAAUGUGAUGUUGGAGAAUGCUGCGUUCAAAUACAUCCAUUCGCUAAGUCCAAGUGUAGAGGCCUUAGAAACGCAGGAGACUACUGUUUCCCGACCCCGGACUACCACACAACUGAGACAGGAAAAUACCGUUUCAUGUGUCCUUGUAAGGAAGGGUUAGAUUGCCAGGCUGAAAAAGUGGAAGAAGAAGACGGAAUAACCACCUACACUAACGCACGUUGCGUGGAUCCAAAUAAUCCUGAACCAGAGCCUGAACCUGAACCGGAACCUGAAAGUUAAAAACAAUAACCACUAUUCUAUCAAAAAUAAAUCAUCAAAAAAACUCAAACUUGGAAAAAAUUAGCAAUGAAAGUGUUAAGUACUUUGUUUAAAGUACUAUUUUGUUUGCCAUCAGAAUAAAACUUGACAUUUCUUGUG